CUCGGCAGAAUGGCCACGGAGGAGCGACACCUCCCCUCUAGCUGUGGGUCCUUCAUCAAGACCGAGCCCUCCAGCCCAUCUUCUGGCAUUGACGCAAUCAGCCACCACAGCCCGAGCGGCUCCUCUGACGCUAGCGGUGGCUACGGUAUCGCCAUGGGUGGCCACCCCAAUGGUCUAGACUCACCACCCAUGUUCAAUGGCACAGGGAUUGGUGGUGGGUCCUGCCGUAAGCGUUACGAUGACUGCGCCAGCGCCAUCAUGGAGGACUCACCCACCAAGUGCGAGUACAUGCUCAAUGCAAUCCCCAAGCGGCUGUGCCUGGUGUGCGGGGACAUUGCUUCUGGAUACCACUAUGGCGUGGCUUCCUGUGAGGCGUGCAAAGCCUUCUUCAAGAGGACUAUUCAAGGGAAUAUUGAAUACAGCUGCCCGGCCACCAAUGAAUGUGAGAUCACGAAACGGAGGCGCAAGUCCUGUCAGGCCUGUCGCUUCAUGAAAUGCCUCAAAGUGGGGAUGCUAAAAGAAGGUGUUCGUCUGGACCGAGUCCGUGGAGGCCGUCAGAAAUACAAGAGGAGGCUGGAUUCUGAGAGUAGCACUUAUCUGAGCUUACAGAUCCCCCCACCAGCUAAAAAGCCACUGACUAAGAUCGUCUCCCACUUGCUGGUGGCUGAGCCAGAGAAGAUUUAUGCCAUGCCUGAUCCAACCAUGCCAGAGAGUGACAUCAAAGCCCUGACAACCCUCUGUGACCUGGCAGACAGGGAACUGGUGGUGAUCAUUGGCUGGGCAAAGCACAUCCCAGGGUUCUCCAACCUCUCCCUUGGGGACCAGAUGAGCCUCCUGCAGAGCGCCUGGAUGGAAAUCCUCAUCCUGGGCAUUGUGUACCGCUCCCUGCCAUAUGAGGACAAGCUCGUCUAUGCUGAGGACUACAUCAUGGAUGAAGAGCACUCUCGUCUGACGGGUCUGUUGGAGCUCUACCUGGCCAUCCUGCAACUGGUGCGCCGCUACAAGAAGCUCAAGGUGGAAAAGGAGGAGUUUGUCACGCUCAAAGCUCUGGCCCUCGCUAACUCAGACUCUAUGCACAUAGAGGACAUGGAUGCAGUGCAGAAACUCCAGGACCUUCUCCAUGAAGCCCUGCAGGACUACGAGCUGAGUCAGCGCAACGAGGAGCCCCGGCGAGCAGGCAAGCUGCUCCUGACCUUGCCCCUCCUGCGGCAGACAGCUGCCAAAGCUGUGCAGCACUUCUACAGCAUCAAACUGCAGGGAAAGGUUCCCAUGCAUAAACUCUUCCUAGAAAUGCUAGAAGCAAAGGUCUGA